UUGUAUGAGAGUUUGAUUGCUUCACCCUUCUUUCCAUGAUCGUGCAACAAGUCAAGUGCACAUUUGAAGCCUAAAAACAAAAUUGCACGGGCGAAUCCUUUCACAACUAAAACUUUUUAAUAAUAAAAAAGUAACCAUGGUUGUGUCAGAUCACCGAACGGAAUAUUAGGCUACUAAAAGUUGUCGUCACCUUUGCAUGCAUGGUUUGGCCAGUCUAUACAUUUGUAAUUCCACAGAUGGCCAGCUCCAGAAAAGUGUUAGAAUUGUUCUACGACGUUGUAUCUCCGUACUCUUGGCUUGGAUUCGAGGUGCUCUGUCGCUACAGACAUGUAUGGAACGUUGAUCUUAAAUUGCGACCAGCCUUCUUGUCAGGUGUUAUGCAAAGUUCAGGUAACAAGCCCCCAGGUCUGGUCCCGAAUAAGUUUCUGUACAUGACCAAAGACUUGGAACGUCUCGCUCAGUAUUUCAAAGUACCCCUAUCCUCUCCUUCAAACCCCUUUGAGGCCAUGUUCGAGAAAGGUUCUCUCACAGCCAUGCGCUUUGUGACUGCAGUGGCUGAGAAGCACACUGAUGGUGAUGCCCAGGUGGAGAAAGUCUCCAGAGAGCUGUGGAUGAGAAUCUGGAGUAAAGACCAAGACAUCACCAAGCCUGCGUCACUCACAGAGGCGGGUCUAAAGGCUGGACUGUCAGCCAAUGAGAUUGAAGAGUUGCUGAAGUUGGCCCAAUCCCAGCCAAUCAAAGACAAACUGAAGGCUGCCACAACGAAAGCAAUGGAUUAUGGGGCUUUUGGUUUCCCUCUGAUUGUCUGUCACGUGGAUGGGAAACCUGAGGCGUUCUUUGGCUCAGAUCGUUUCGAGCUGUUGGCUCACUGCAUAGGAGAGAAGUGGGUGGGACCACAACCAAGCAAGCCCUCUGCCAAAAUGUAAAUCCUCCUAGAUUACAGUAUCACAGUAAAAACUGUAUCACAAAGAUCUAAAUAUAGCAUUAAUUGAAAUAAAAAUUAUUUUGCGCUACAGGUAGGGGAUUUUACACAGCAGCCAAUCAUUAACCAAGCCUAGUGAAAACAAGAUCACUAGCAAAUCAACCUUUGUGGGCAAAACAAAAAUCACUACCUACAGAACAGCCUUUGAGAGAAUUUCACUGGGUUAUCAAGCAGACACCUUCCUUCUGUGUUUCAUUCAAUUAGGUCCAUGAUACCCCUGUUGAGCCUUCUGAAGGUAUCUGACAUCCCAGACUUAUUCCCUCCACAGUCAUGAUAGUUUCUCUGCCAACAAAUGUACUGAUAAAUUGAUCGGUCAUUCCUCCUCAUUGCUAUGGCCGUUUAUGAUCUGAUCAGCAAAAUAACCAGACAAACUGCAAGCCCUCGAUAUAGACAUUCACAAAUACCAACAAAACAGUUCAAGAGAUUAAAAAUAAUUAAUCUUUAUUUCUCAAGCAACAUUUGAAAUGCUGAUUGAAUGACAUUCACUGAUCAUAGCCGAAAGGUGUAAUAAUAUGAUUGCAGAGGGACUCAGCCUGUGUGGGAGGACACAUUGCUAAUAAUAACCGUGUAGCACAGUGGCAACCGUGUCAUUUUUCUGAUAUCCCUGUGUAUUCUAACUUAUUGCCUCAGAUGUUUUAUUUGCCCGAACAUGUAAAUAAAUAAUGUGCAGUCGCACUCUCACUUUAUAGAA